AUGUCGGGAGACUCGGCCUGGCUGGAGAAACGAAAACAUGUUUGGGUGCGUGAAUUUGGGCGCGUCUAUGAUGAGGUAAUUGCGGACUGGGAGACGGAACUCAAGCGGAGGCACGAGGAACAGCAACAAGAAUUGAAGAGACGAGAUGAAGCAUACCAGAUUAUUUCCGACCGCAUCAUCGAGGAAUUGCUCAAGAAUUCCCACCUUAUUGAAGAGAACAUCAGGCUUCAGGACCAGAUCAAGAAUCUGCAGGGGCAGGAGCCGAAAUCAAGCACUACUGCAUUUAACUCAAGCAAUUCAGCCCAAGAAAAAAGAAACUCCAGCUUGUCAACAGCACAGCUGGACGCAAACCCUACCCACGCUACUAUGCCUUGCAAUGAAUAUCGGCAUCUCGCCAACAAGUAUAAUGAACUGAACAAAGUACACAAGGAGACUAUAAAACAGCUCAAGUAUCAACAAAGGAAGAACAUUGCCGUUAUGGAGAAGAACCGAGAGAUGAAAAAGAGUGUCAAAGAUUGGCAAGAGUACACCGAUCGCCACUUGAAGAAAAAGACUAAAUCCGAAGGAGAGUGUAAGUCUAAACUCGACGCAGCGGCGAUGUUGUCGGAUGAAAAGGAUAGGCCUACUCUUCUAGCCUUGUCAAGCCCUGGGACUUCAGAUUUUAGACCGCCGGCAUCAUUUCCGGCACUGGACAGAUUGUCGCCCCUGCCAACUACCCCAGAUGCACUCGAACGCCCCGGCUAUGUUCUUGGAAAUUCCGGCGAUACUCUCGUUACAAACACAACUGGCGUAGAACAUCAUCAAAAUGAAGAUCGACCGCAGAACAUCUCACAUGACAUUGACUUGAACCUACCCGAAAGUCAUGAUCUUCAUCAACUUCAAUCAACAGCGGUCCAUAAAGAAGUUACUCCCUCUCGGAAGCAGCCAAAUUCUGACAAGAUAACCUCGAGUCAACUGACAGAGGACGAAAUAGCCCCCCAAAAAGCCCCACAAAAUCCUCUUACCACCGGUGGCGCAGAUGAUGAUACGCCUGAAAUCGUCUCAGAGAGGUCCCUCAAGCGCAAGCGAGCGAACACAAGGAAGCUCGAGGUAUAUGCAUUUCUUGGAUCAUCUGACGGAACACCUGCCAAGCCUUACGGCGUCAAAGAGGAGCCAUUCAGUAGUCCUCCUCUGCCAAAUACGCAUCAGCUCCUUCGAAAAGAGACAUUUGAUCUGGAUGAACUCGGGCCAAACAUGAUUUCAACUCCCCAUCGACGGUUCAGGAGUAAUCAACUCACUUGUUCAGACGCUGUAGGACCCUUGCGUCACCAGAGGUCUACCAGUGUUUUAAUCAUCAAGGAAGAGGUGACUGAGGGAACCGACCAGGGCAUAGACACCAACGGUUCCUUGAAAACGGAGAGAGCAGUGGUAGUUCCAAUGGCGAUUGCUGAGGCAAGGGCAUACAGUGAGCCCACUGACCAGGCUCGAAACGAUACAUUCGCACUACAGCCUUUAGAUCCGAACGCUAGGACUGCUAAUCGAGUGGAUGACGAGACGCCGCACAAACGCCAAAAGCGAGAGGACGCUCGGUUUCACGCGAAGUAUCAAACCCUGACAGAAUCGGGUGAUGAGCUACCUCCAUUGGAUGAGAAAGAUCUCAGAUUAGCCCCCAGUGCUGCCAGAGAGAAGUUCAAUCGUCGAUUACAAGCUGACAGGGAAGCUCAAACAUCAGCGAAGAGUACUAGCAAGACGCAUUUAGCAGCUACCAACGCCAAAUCUAGCGCUAGGCAAAUUCCAACAACACUUCCCAGCGUUGCAAGCUCGGGACAUACACCUUCACCACAUCCAGGGUCCCGCAAAAGUUCACUUUUGAAUUCUCAUCUGGGGUCAAAGGCUGGUCCUGUCUCCAAAUCUCCUCCGGCUCCUAACCCCAGGCUUGGCUCUCGAAAAGGUCCAGCGACUAAACAAAAGCAAAGUCCUCCUUCACGAUCAAAGCCAUAUUCCGAGCUAAAGACAUCUGACUUCAAACCCAAUCCCGCCUACAAUCAAGGCUACAGCUACGCUUUUGCUGAAACGAUUCGGAAACGUGCAGACCGCGCGUGUCUUCCAGGCUGCACUAAACCUGAAUGCUGUGGCUCGACAUUCCGUAUGCUUGCCGCCGAGGCACCACCCCUAUCUUCGUCUCAGGAAGAAGCUCUUCUAGAAGAUUAUCUCGGUGAUGCCUAUGACACUAUGCUACUCACACGGAUGUCUACCGCGGAACGGCAAGAGCUGGUCCUAGACGCUAGGACGAAGCAGAUGGCUGAUAAACAUGGAAGGCAUAGACACGCAUACGAACGACGCCCAUCUCCUCCGGGUUUCUGGAGAACAGACUUUCCGACUACACAAGAGGAGCAGGAGGAUAGACAAAAGGCUAUUGAAAUGGAGAAACGGCUUGUGGGAGAAAGGUAUAUGGAAACAAUGAAGAAAGGUGGAAGGUGGAUAUUUAGAGAUGAGUGAUGGCCCAAACUUUGAUGGUUGGGUUAAAGCUGUUGUUGCUUGCGGAAGGGUUUACAAGCACAGCAUGAGUUUCCG